AACUCCGACUGAAUGAUGUCAGUGAGAGUGCAGUUCAAUCGGCGUCCAUGCGAGCCACACACUCCCUUCCUGGACGGGCGAGGAGGCAGCCGGAGAAAGGGGGCGAUCGAGUGAGCGAGUGCGGCGAGGCAGCGGACGCCAGGGGCCUGAGCCGACCGUAUCUGCGCCCUGUAACUUUACAGCCCGACAAAUAUCGCAGCCUCAAGAAGUGGACGGUGGCGCUUUUAUGGAGGAGAGACGCAGCCGACGCCCCCUAAGCUGGCCCCAUCCCCAGUGAACCCCCAACACUAUCACCAUGUCCCAGCUGCUGCAUCUGGAGAUCCCCAACUUCGGCAGCACGGUGCUGGGCUGCCUGAACGAGCAGCGGCUGCAGGGCCAGCACUGCGACGUGUCCAUCGUGGUGAACGGGCAGGCCUUCAAGGCGCACCGCGCCGUUCUGGCCGCCAGCAGCCUCUACUUCCGCGACCUCUUCAGCGGCAGCUCCAAGGCGCAGUUCGAGCUGCCGUCGUCGGUGGCGCCCGCCUGCUUCCAGCAGCUGCUGUCCUUCUGCUACACGGGCAAGCUGACCAUGGCGGCCAGCGAGCAGCUGGUGGUCAUGUACACGGCGGGCUACCUGCAGAUCCAGCACAUCGUGGAACGGGGCAUGGACCUCAUGUUCAAGGCCAACUCGCCGCACUGCGACUCGCAGACCGCCGCCAUGGAGGACACGGGCUCCGAGCCCCAGAGCCCCAGCAACAACCCGGCUGCGGCACUGGGCCCGCCCUGCUGGUCCAUGUCCGUGCCAGGCGCCAGAGGGAGGAUUAAGCAGGAAGGGUGUGAACCCCCGCUUUCUGUUCCCGGCGUAGGGCAGAAGCGGGCAGCGGGGGAGGCGGCGACAGCGGGGGUACGGCUGGGGCGGGGCAGCUCGCUGUUCUUCACAGGGGCCGGCGGCAGUGUCAUCUUCCCAGGCAUGCAGCCCUACCAGCUCACCACUGGGGAGCGCUCCAGUCCCGGGGCGUCCAGUCUGCCCACCACUGACAGCCCCACCUCCUACCAGAAUGAGGAUGAGGAGUUUGAGGAAGAGUCAUACGACAGCAUCGCGGAGGAUGUUUAUGGGCAGGGUUACGUUCGCUCUGGUAAUCCCUACAUCAUCACGGACAAGCAGGACGCGGCGGCCGUGCCCCUGCCGCCCGAGGGCCGCUCCUGCGUACUGAUUCGCCGUGACCUGGUGGCUCUACCCGCCAGCCUCAUCAGCCAGAUCGGCUACCGCUGCCACCCAAAGCUGUAUUCGGAGGGCGAUCCCGGGGAGAAGCUGGAGCUGGUGGGAGGCACCGGCGUGUUCAUGACGCGGGGGCAACUGAUGAACUGCCACCUCUGCGCAGGGAUCAAGCACAAGGUGCUACUGCGUCGUCUUCUGGCUACAUUCUUUGACAGAAACACACUGGCCAACAGCUGUGGGACAGGGAUCCGUUCGUCUACCAGUGACCCCAGCCGUAAGCCGCUGGACAGCCGCGUGCUGAACGCCGUCAAACUGUACUGUCAGAACUUCGCUCCGAACUUCAAGGAGAGCGAGAUGAACGUCAUUGCGGCGGACAUGUGCACCAACGCAAGGCGGGUACGGAAACGCUGGCUGCCCAAGAUCAAAUCUAUGCUCCCUGACGGCAUGGAGGUGUACCGCGGUGGGCCGGCCGUGGGAGGCGGCCAUGGCAUGGCGGGGGCAAGUCUCUCCUUACCCUUCGAGUCUGACUUCAAGCCGCUGACUCCAGCCAAUCUGAGCUUCGAGCAGCGGUCCUACACCGAACGCAAAGAGACGUUGCGGACUCCCCUGCAGCUGGGCGGGGCCAGCCCGGGGCCCAGCAUGGAGGGGGCGGAGCCUGAGCUGGAAGGGCCCCCGGCAGAGGAGGAGCCAGAGGAAGAGGAAGCGCCUCUACACAGCUUGGAGGGGAGCGUCCCCCUUACUCCAGGUGAUGACCCAGAAGGGGAUGGCUGCCAGUCCCCGACACCUGAGGAGCAGCAGAAGGAGCAUACAGGGGAGGACCUGCAGAUAAACGGCCAGUGAGACCAGCAUCUGAUCAGCUGCCUCUCAGAAGGAGACUCUGCACCACACCCAAACACGCUGCAUUAAAUGACUGUGUAUUCUUUGCAUGCACAUGUGUUACACGCCUGUAGGGGGAGCAGGAGAGGCCGCUGAGACCUAGAAUAUAAAUGCACGCACCUCCACAUGUACAUACAUACACCCACACUCACGCAGUCCUUCUGAACUUCACAGAGGUGACUGAGAUUCGAAUGCAAGCUUCUCUGUGAAAAUAGUGAGCAGUUUAGUUUCCUGUGUUUAACCCAGUUAGUAGUUACCUAAACAGAGAUUAACUGCUCAUUAUCUCCAGAAUCACGUUCAGUAUAGAACUCUAUUUAAAAAAAAAAAAAAGUAUUAUUUCCUUGUGUUUAAGUACACUUAAUAAACAAAAGAUUCACAUGAAUGUAUCCAUUCAUGAUGUUAGUCCUUUGCUUUUCUGAAAAGCAAGAUCAGAAAAUGACAGUCAGUGACAAAAAGGGUGAUUUUUCUUCCCCUUAUUUUUAAAAUCAAACUUUCUACAUGUAUAGAAAUUUUGAAUUCAUUGGGAAAGGGAUAAAAUGACAUGGUGAAGUGUUCAUUUUUAAGAGCGACAAGACAUAUCUCCGUGGAAAACGGCACUUUUGUUCGGCAUUGUAGAGUUCAAUGACGGCCAGUUGCGGAAAUUUGCAUUAGGAAAUGUGUCUAGUGUCUAUAUGAAGCAUGACUGGCCUGUAAAACGUGUUUGUACACACUGUCAUGUACAGAAGAGUGGGAAGUGAAAUGAUUUCCUGGCUUCAGAUUAAGAACCUUCUGGACUUGUUGUAGCAAAAGGGCUUCUUUCCUCUUUGUCCUGUUUCAAGUCCCCCGACACGCCUGAACACUUCUCAAAGUGGUCGUGUCCAGCCAGGCGUCUGGAGGUCGAAAAAGGAACAAGAUCCACAAGCUAUGGGGGGGAGGUAUUGUGGGCGGGGAGGAUAUGUAUCACUUGCGCCCCCUGCUGGGGGACAUCCUCACGAGCCUUCCGCUCGCCCCGGCUGGCAGUGCAGGACAGAAGGGGGGUAAACGCACCAAAUACACCUGCAUGCAGCCCAAUAAGACAAGCAAAACCAGGCUCUGCCAUGAAUACAAAACACAAAAAAAAAAACAUGCUUCAGUUGCUUGGAGAUAAAUAGUCGCUCUUGUAAACAAAUGCCAUUUUCUGUUACGAUGCUGGGUGGGUUACGGGUGCUGGCCUGUAGAGCGCAAGGAGCCCGCAGUGAGCUCCGCCUUCCGGUGACUUGGACAGAUCAGCUCACAGUAAGGAGCCCACCUUGUGUUCAUCCCUUCCGCCGCGGUUUCAUUCGUGAACUGACCUGAAUAGGCUUAGAAACGUGAGAAUCCUGCUGGUUUACUGCUCUUGCACUACGAGAGGAUGAGGAGACUGGAGAUGCUUUGGCCACCUUAAAAAAAAAGUAACACGCAGCGAUUUGACCUUUCCUGACAUUUCACUUGCUUUUUCAUUUUUGCUUUUGUUUAGUUUUUUUUUGCCCUCUAACUUGCUUCUUCACACGCCUGCACAGGUCAUGGGUUCGGGCUUAGCUGGUGUGAUUGGACAGCUUUCUUUUCCCCUCUGUUUUUUGAGAGGUUGUUUUGGUCUUCUAUGGAUUUUCGGAUCUUAUAUCGAGCAGUUGCAGCAGUCACAUGGGUGACGCCCGUGAUGUAUUACAUCAGCACUUUGCGUUGCACUCGGCCUCCUGUCAUUUUGUGAAAUGGCACGCCGGCCUUCUGUAAUACCAGGACCUCCAUUCCGCUUGUACCCCUCUCCGGCUCUGUCCGUCUUCCCGCCCACAUUCCUCGCCGAGGUUUCUCUAGUGCUACUCAGAGGGCACCCGACAUUGCAAAUUCAUCGGCUCGCAUAUUUUUAUGGACACGCCCCUUGUCCGUUUGCCUUUGUUUACCACUGGCAAGAUGUUUGGGGGGUCGGGGUGUUUCAAAUUUACAUUCAUGGUAUUCCAUCACAAAGAGGGGGGUAACAUUCCCAGACGUCCCUUCACUUCAAGGUUUAAGAUAAACACCAUUGUUGGAGGAGUACACAGAAAAUGUAACCCGUACAAAAAAAGUUUUCUAUUCUAAGAAUGUUUUUAAAGAUUCACGAUGUUCAAUCAUAUGCACUUAUGUUCGUAUAUUUUGAAUAUGCGUGCCAUAGGUAGAAUAUGCAAUUAGCUGUGUUUCACAGAUGUGUUAAGUGUUUGGUUUUGCCCAAAUAGGCAAAAGCGGAAUGGGGGGGGGGGUCUGGUUCCUGUGGAAUGGAAAGCAGGGUUUUGAUUGCACUAUGGAGCUGAGGGGAUAAAGUUUACAAGAGUUGCUGUGAACCGAUACAGUCUAAUUUGAAUGUGAGUAUGGGUCUGUUCGGGGGGGGGGGGGGGGGGAUGGGUUUUGAUCUGAGGACACGAUGCUCAUCUUCUGAUGAGGAAAUAUGAGUGAUGAUCACAUGGUGAACACUGGGUAAUGCUUAGUUAAUGACUAGUUAGUGAUUGGUUUAGGAGAGCAGCAGCGUCCACAUGAGUGGUCGUGCGAGUCCCGGGGAGGCCCUUAAAGACGUCUUCCAAAGCCAUUGGACUCUGGCACCGAAACUAGUGCCUGCUUUCUCGAUGGGCAUUUCAUAGACGACUCCAUCUGAUUGGUUCAUUUUCAUGCCUUUCAAACAAGUAGCAAAAUUUCUCUCAUGCUUCAAGCGGAGCCUUGAAGUGAAUCGCAGAGUCAGCGGCUGCCUUCUUACCGGGGUCCUGCGUGAUUGUUCGCGGCUGUGGGCUGACCCAGUUUCCUCUGGACUCGAAGGCCCCAUUCGGUUACAUUGAUGGCCAGAGUAGUGAAUUAGUGACAUUGAAAACUGUUACAGCCUUCAUCCUAGGUUAUCGCUUUUUAUUCUUAGCCUUCAUCAUUGUUACCUGACCCCUGUGUUAAUGAAGGAACUGUAAUUCUGCAAAGAACUACUGUAAUAACGACAUAUUUGGCCAGUGGUCAGCAGGGUCUGUAAAAUAAUUACUCCAGCUGGUAGAAACCUUGCUUAGGGAUCCUGUUAUUUUGGUAAUUUAUUUUUGUGACUAUGAAUGAAUCAAAUACAUGGAUUAUAAUAUGAAGUCUGUGUGCAGCUACCCUUUUAUAUGGAAGGAGAAACGGCAAGCACUAAUUAUAAGCAUAUGGAUGGUUAUAUCAUAUUUAUUGUAAUAACUUUUUCAAGUAACUUGAAUCAUAUUAUAUAGAGUUGUUUAAAUGUGGAUGGUUUGGAAGUGAUGUGCUUCAGUUCUGAAUUACAGGGUCAAACGCGAGGCAUGAUGACCGUUACAGUAACCAUAUCAAAGUUGAACUGGCCUUUUGAUAUCUCUUAAGACAUCUCCAACCCAAUCGCGUCGUUUCCUUAUAUGGGGGAAAAAGUCAUUACGAGUGUUUAUUUUUCGUAGUUGCCUAUAGUAGUGUAUUAACACGGCAAAUUCUCCUGUUCGUUGCUUCUCCUGUAAUGGAGGGGGCUGGUAGGAGCUACGUGUGGGCGGGAGUAGAGAGUGCCUUAAAUAUCUUCUUAUGAAAGUGUUUGAGAAGCCUGCGUUUCGCACUGUAUGUCCGUCUGCUUUGUGCUUUGCUUUUUAACCGUGCCUCUGGUUUGCAGAUGCUUAUAGCAGACCCAGGAAAGAGACCCAAAAACAAAACACACAGCUAGAUAAAUAAGCAGAAGAUUGCAAAGUUUUUUGUUUUUUUUUUUCUUCAUGGUGUUACUUUUAAAAUGUACUGUGCAUAUGUUCCCGACUGUAUCCAUGUCUGUUUCACAGAAAUCAUUUGCAGUGGUGGCUUGAGAUGGUUAUGCAAUUUUCCAUGCUUUCCUGGGAAAGCUCGUGUACCAGAGGAUACCAGAGAGAAAGUGAGAACAGAGACGUUCUGCUUUGGGAAUGGGGGGGGCUGAGGGGGGAGGCUGACACUUCUGCACACCGUGAUGAAAAGUAACUAAGGAUGAACCAAAAAACGAUGAACGUGACUGUAACCGUGGGAUUGUUACUUGUUGCAUGAGCAUUUUUGUACACGUUUACUGCGUCAGAAAAACACACCGUACCAGGAAGCGUGGUAUUGUCGUGUAGACUGUGGGGAUCUGGGCUAGCAGCUUUUAGGAAAAGCUGAUUUUAUACUUUGAGGGAAUCUGAUUCAGCUUCAAUGUGCACUUUUUUUUUUAUUUGAGAACUUGAGAAAAAGAAAUUACAUGCAAUGCAAAUUUAUGGCCAACUGGUAAAUAUACGCUUAUGCAAUGUAAUGUACAAUCUAUGGUUUAUAGCCAGACUUGGGGUUCUGAACGGAAAUGCAACCAGUUUUGUCGGAAUAUAAAACAUCAUAAAUUACCUGACUUGUUUAAAUUGUAAGUACAUUGUAAAUUGAGUAUUUGCAAAAUGUUACAUUUAUACAGUUUCACCCUUAAUUAAAAUUGCUUGUACAUACUAUGCUGUCCCCUAGAUGCUCAGCCUUAUAUCCAUAUAUGAAAAGAAUGUCCCCAUGAAGCUGUCCGAUUUGAGAGCUAAAUAUUGUAUAUUCUGAAUUGAGUCUGAUACGAAAGAUGAAUGAAGUCCAACAUAUUUUUAUAUAGUAGCAUUUAAACUGAAAUGCAUUUGACCCCAAGUCUGCUUGAAUGACUGUUUCUUUCUCCCCAGUUGUAUUUUAUAAAUGAUAUACUAUCAGUAAUUUUUGCCUGGCUCUCUGCAUUUAACUUCACUAUUUGCAGCCAUUGCACGUGUCUGUAAUAUUUUUUAGAGGUACAGAAUUAAAACUGAGACAGAAACUCUAGGAAUGUUUAAGCUGACAAACCCAAUAUGUCAUUUGUUUUAAGGCUAAUUUGUAGCUUUAUAAAAUAAAAUUGACAAUGAUCUUGAA